AUGACUGUCAUACUGCCCUACGACAUCUACGUCCAAAUUCUGUCGCACCUCCCGCCUACAAGGCGAGCUCACGACGACGCCAGCGUCAAGGCACUUGUAUCCUGCCUGCAGACGAACUCUGUCCUACGGCAGGCAGCUUCCUCGUCUAUAAUAUGGGAAGCACAUUAUCGGAAGCGCUAUACACACCUGCCAAUUCCAAUCCCAGCGGAUAUCCAUGACUGGAAAACUCGAUACUUCGAGAGACGACGGAUUGACAAGAGGACUUUGCAAUGCCUGGACAGUGUUGUCUGUGAACGCACCAACUGGGAGAGUUUCUGGAAUACGGAAGGACCAUUCAAUUUCGAGUGUUGGGAUGUCUUGGAACUGGAGGUGGAGUACAACGUGCCCGAGAAAUGCUUGGCUGUUAUCAAGGACCCUGUACGCGAUGGCAAGCCUCGCUCGCUCACUCGGGGCUACUGGGCGCAGAAUUUACUCCGCACAAUUGCACGGUUUCAUGCUCUCGGAGUUUGGGAGCGGCUUGUAGCUUCUCCGACUUCGGUCUCAUUCACGGAGAGCCACAAUACCCUCUCGGUAUUCUUUGGGGUCUCGCCAUAUACACUUGCCGCCCAUUUAGAUGCAUUAGGGACGAAAUACCUUAACUUUGUCAAAUCUCAGGGUAUUCCAAUUCCAUCAACACCGUCACCUGAGUUUCUAAAGGAGAAGUGCGAAUGUAUAUGUCGGUUCAUGCGUGACGAAGGGUUUGGACCCGCGGAAGGUGGUGCUUUCACUCUGACCAUGAAUAGUUUCCCUCAUGCCUACUUGACCACUCACAAGCGGACGAUCCCCAUUUCACUCGUCCACAUCUUCGUAUCCCUUGCCAGCAGAAUAGGUAUCACAGCGUUCCCGGUGAACUUCCCCGGAAGAGUUCUCGCUCACAUCCCCCUCUCCGAUGGUGAUGGCUUCUACGUCGAUGUAUUCAACUCCCACUCGAAAGCAAUCCUAUCAAACGAUCUAUCCGAGUUUCAAGGCGUUCAGACCUGGAAUUUAGCGGGCCUUACGGCCCAUGGACUAGACAUGCUCGUGAGAGCUGGCCGGAAUAUCUAUCACUCCUCACAAAGCGCACGAGAGUAUACCGUCGAUAUCCAAUAUGCCGUGGAUACCGCGUCUUGCGUUGCCCUUGCAAUGACAGGUGAACCCGGUUUAGUGCGUUUCCUCAUGCAGGAAGCCUCUCUUGUAUCCCCACUGGACAGUUACGUCGUACUUCCCGCUCUGGCCAAGAUAUUGCACCCCGAUGGAACUCGACAGAUGCUGACCUCUGCGUACCAACAAGGUCAGGAUGAGUAUCUCCAAGGCCGAGCCCGAAGGCGUUCUCGAUUAGAGCAUCCGCAGGUCAAAUACUUCGUCGGCAUGUUCUUCGUCCACGCCAAGUACCAAUACCACGGUUGUAUCAUUGGGUGGGAGCCCACCUGCACGAUGUCCAAACAGUGGAGAGACCGAAACGGGAUAGAUAACUUGUCACGGGGAACACACCAACCCUUCUACUCAUCGCUCUCUAUCACCGCGAACAGUCAAGGCGUACUUCAGACAUUCGUCGCCGAAGAGAACAUUCAACCCAUAGCACUGACUUCACCGGACUUUGUUUUGCAGUGUAUUAAGUUUCAAAAGGACUUCGGGGCGUAUUUUGAGGGCAUCGACCCGCAUCCGAAUAGAUGGCGCAUGUUGCUGAGCUCUCAGCUGCGCCAAAUGUAUCCACAGGAUGAUGUGUUCGGUGCUUCUUGGGUAGAAAUUAUGAACACAUGA